UCUCUGAGCUAUAUAAGCGGCGGGAUGACUCUGGCUGAGGCAUCAGUUCAGUUCUCGCUUCUGUUCAGCUAAUACAAAGAUGAAAUUCCUCUCGGUUGCCUUCCUGCUCGGCCUCCUGGCUCUGGCUAGCGCCACUCCCCUCAAUCCUGGCAAUGUCAUCAUCAAUGGCGACUGUCGCGUGUGCAAUGUCCAUGGCGGAAAAUAAGAUGGAAACCUCACAACUGGAUGAACAAUUUUGGAAUAUUUGAUGGAAAUAGCACAUGGGCGUGUUGCCUUAUCAAUAAUUACCUAUUUGAAAAUAAAAUUCCCACACUAAUCUAUACGGCA